AGCGGCUGAAGCUUGUGUCAAAACACAGAGGGAAUCAGAAGCAUCAAAUCUGGGCUACCGCAGAGUAUUUGUAAAGCCACUUUCCCCCUCAAUAACGUACACAUACCAUGACCGAACAAUCAGCGUUACUUCUUCGAAAACAACUAGCAGAGCUCAACAAGAACCCCGUGGAGGGCUUUUCAGCAGGUCUGAUAGAUGAUGAUGACAUCUAUAAAUGGGAAGUUGUGAUCAUCGGUCCCCAAGAUACCCUUUUUGAAGGAGGCUUUUUUAAAGCAUAUUUAACCUUUCCCUAUGAUUAUCCUCUACGACCUCCAAAGAUGAAGUUCAUAACUGAAAUCUGGCACCCGAAUGUUGCAAAAAAUGGAGACGUGUGCAUCUCAAUCCUACACGAGCCCGGAGAGGAUAAGUUUGGCUAUGAGAAGCCCGAGGAGCGCUGGCUGCCGAUCCACACCGUUGAGACAAUCAUGAUCAGCGUUAUCUCCAUGUUGGCCGACCCAAACAGCGAUUCACCAGCAAAUGUGGACGCUGCGAAAGAGUGGAGGGAGGACCCUAACGGUGAAUUCAAGAGGAAAGUGGCUCGUUGUGUAAGAAAAAGUCAAGAGAUGGCCUUUGACUAGAGGGACUGACUAUUCCAGGUUGAAGGAAAUGUCUCCAGAGGGAAACGUUCAGGCGUCUACGCCCCUUGUUUUGCAAGCCAAAAGGAAUUGGUUGGCUUCGACCCCUUUCCGUGAAUGGUUGUCAUUUUUCGCAAGAAGAGCCAAUUUGAGAACACUACCAGCGAAAUUCACUUACUUCCUACCUGGAAUUGUAUAAUUUUAUUUAUUUUGGAAAACUAAUGAUGUAAAAUAUGUCACUACUGUAAAUUAACUUGCUUUUUUAUCUGCUGCUGAACAGUUUCUACUUUAUACCAGGUUUCUUAUGCAAUUUAGUGGUCAAAGAUGGAGUCUAACAAUUGAAAACCUAUUACCUUGACAUCAUCCCCUGUCCUUUCUACUCCAUACAUGUCAGCCCAGCAUAUAUCUGUCAAUAGACAUUAUUUUCAACUUUCUCAUUUAUUCACUGUUGCCUUUUUGGCUUCACUUCCAUGGACUGCUUUUUCUUCAUAAAGAUAGUCAACGAAGUUGUUGUGGCACUUAUACAGGUCGUUUAUUUAUUUAUUUAUUGUUUUUCUGGGGAAAAUAGCCACCUGUGAGCAUUAGUUACCUUCUAUGCUAGAGUUUGGAACAAUGACUCUCCAAUGUGCAUGAUCCCUUCAAUCUCUCUUAUGUCUUCUUGCUAUUCGGGGUUGUUAAUGAUAAAACGACUCACUCUGAGUCCCUCUCUUAGUUUACAAUAGAUGGAUCCCCGCUAUUCACUGGGAUCCAUUCCUAGGCCUCCCGCGAAUGGCAAAAAACACGGGUAAUUGAGACACAAAAUGUCUAUUUUUGACACUCUGAUCGAACAUGGGCUAUGCUGCUGCAUUUAAGCACUAUUGUACAUAACACUACAGUAAUUACCUUACCUUAUUUGCAAUGAAUUAGCUUUACAUCUACAUACACCCUUAAUCAUUCAGCAUAAACCAACAGGAGUUCUUCAGGCUACCUCACUCACUGUAAAUACAAAACGAUACUGUUUUAUACUAAUGUAUAAAGAGGCAUGCUAGGAAGCCUUGUACAUUCCUUGCGGGUCGUAAAUUAGUAUAAAAUGGCAUUGUUUUGCAUGUAUAUUAGCCUGUUAGCGUUUAUUUCAAUACCCGCAUAGUCUAUGGUACAGUGUUCCACAUGUUAUUUUUGGUUGCACUGUGAGGUAAGCAUUAGGUUUGAUGAACUCCUGUUGGUUGUUGGUGGUGUGUGUGUGUGUGUUUUCCCUUCCACCGAUUAAAAAAAAUCAAUGCUUUGAUCAAAAACCCGCGAAUUUGCGGGAUGGCGAAUAUGCGGGGAUCCACUAUAUUGUAUCACACGCAUGGCUAACAUUAACACUCGUUUUGUGCCAACUACUCAGGAUUAAACUCCAUUAAUGUUGCAAUUAGUAGCCGGUGGGAUAGACUUGUAAUAUUCCUGACCGUAAACUCAUGGCCUUUCUUGGCCAACGAAGACAUAUUUCAACUACCACCACCAAAAAGGUUCUGUGAAAAAAAGCCUAAGCUGUGAUUCUUUUUUGUGUGCGUGUGUGCGCGCGUGCGUGUACUGCUGUGGCAUCUGAAUUUACCUCAGUCUGGUUGUUGACAUCUUCAUGCGGGGAACCGGGCUUGUUUGUAUGUCGCACAUUCGGCUUUCUGUCUUUUGGGGUAAAACGCUUGCAUUUAGAUGCUGAGGACUUUUGAGUAGAUGGAGAAGUAAAACUUUCAAUCGUCAGUACUGUCUGGUGCAGAUUUAGCCAGCAUAUAUCAUUUUAAGUUCAACGUUUGGGCUGUCAUCCACACGUAAUGUUAACUCUUUGGGAAGCGAAUUACUAUUUUCAAUUGGAUUGUCUUGGGGUGGUACGCUAACCACUGCCAUUUCCCCUCAGUAAUUGGCUUGUUCAUAAUUAAACCUUGCAUGCGAUGCAGACUGAUGACACUGACAAAUAAAGAACCAUCUUUUGGUUCAUGCAAUCAGGGUUGAAUAAGUCGAGUAUGCUAAGGUUGCCGUUACAAUAUACAUCCUGCGUGAAUGUGCCGUGUUCUCUUAUGUAGACUUGUGUAGACUCGAUCAUUGCUGUCAACGUUUUAAGUCGGAAUUUUCUAACCUGCCAUGACCUCCUCCUCUGACCGGUGUUCACUGUAUUUGCACAGAUUCAGUGUGCGUUUUUGAAACGUCAUCAAGCAAUACGCUCUGAAAACGGUGUCCAGGUAUUCACCCUAUAAUGUCAUAACUUGAUUUUGUUUUCCAUUUUGUGUCAACGCAAUGUAUAUUGGACAUGAUGCUCAAUAAAGUGUGUAAAAAGUU